AUGGAUAACAAUGUAGAUGACAUUGUGUUCUGUAAUGAUAGUAGGGAGCAGGUGGAUGAACACCUGGGAAGAUCUGGUUCAGCUGUGGUUUGGACCAGGAUGGUCUUCAGUUCCUCCUCUUCUGUCCCCAGUGAGAGUUUGGUCCUCAGUGCAACUCAGAGUCUUCUGAGUGCUCGACUCACAAACCUCAUUGACUCUGUAAAAGUGCUGAACUUUACCUAUGAGAAAACAUCAAACACCAACUAUGCAGUCAUCUUCAUAUUCAACAUCAGUAACAUCAACAUGUCAGAGAACCUCAGGAACAACACUUACAUCAUAUUAGCGGGUAUCAUCAAUAACGCUCUAAAUACGCUUCUAAAUAUACCUGGUGCAGAAACAUUCACACCCUAUAGUAUUUCUUUCACGAGUUCACAAAACAAGGUUGAUGGUGACAUGAAUUACAUCUUCAAAGAUGGAGACACCAAAACACCAGCAGCCUUCCUCAAUAAGCUUACACCUGUAUUGGGGAAUGUUAUGAUAUAUAUUCGUCUAGUUUUUAAGAAUUUGACCAAAGUACCUAGUGAGGCAGAUGUUCUCAAUGCUGCUAAUGCUCUGCUGGAUGCAAAGAUCAGAAGAGCACGAGAUCUUGUAACACAAAAACUGAGUGAUCCUGUGAGCAUACAGGAUGUCACCUAUCAGAAAAUUGACAACAACUCAUACAUUAUAAGCUUUGGCUUCCAAAUCAGCAAUGUGACAAUCUCCAAGGACAUUCAGCUGAGGAAUGAAACAUAUUCUUUAAUCCAAAACACCAUCAACAGCUUGCUGAACAAUAUUCUGAAUGUCAAAAAUGCAACUCAAUUUGUCUUCCCACAAGCAAACUACACAUUUAAUGGUACAGAAAUUGUGGCUAAUUCAGAAUACGUCUUUGUGGAAGGUGACACCAAGUGGACACCGAGUGGAUUUCUAUAUGCAAUACUCAACAUUAGCGGUCUGUCGACCCUCACUACUCCUGCUGCUCAAACAGACCCCCCUGUCCACGUAGUCCUGAGGCCCACAGUCCAAGCACAGAACACCACCACUGGUGGAAAUUCUGCAUGGAUCCUGGGCAUCAUUAUCCCCUGCAGUAUAGUCAUUAUUCUCAUACCCUGCUGGAUUCUACUCUGUUGUCUGCUCUGUGGCUGCUGUGCUGGUUUAAGGAGGCGCUACAACAGAAGACGGUCCUACAACGUCCAAUAUGCAACAAGAAAUGGACUCUUUUAAAAACAGAUUAUAUGUAAAAUAAUGUCUUGUAUCAUUGGAAUUU